GAAUUAAGAUGAGUCCUGAUAUAUAGGAUUCGUUUUUUAAAUUCUUAAUUAGUUUCUGAUUAAUUUGAGGUUUUUACGGGUAAUUAGUUAAGAGUUUUCUAAUAACGAGGGGGCCUUUGGCUUAAAGAGGGCUUAGGAGUUAGGUAGUUUCCAUUCCUACCAUUAGAUCCUUUUGUCCACAUUUCCUGAUCAACAACUCCUAAAAAAAAAAAAAAAAUCCAAUUUCCACCACACAUUCUCUAGCUCUUUAUAACUACCUUUCCUCCAACCAUAAUUACCUCCCAAAAUUUUCCAUUCCCCAACCUUCUUUAUUAAUUCCACACCCCUUCUGUGUUUCUCUCUUUCUCACAUAAAAACAUAAUUUCUUCUCUCUUCCUCUUCUCCACACCACAAUUAAUUAAUUUCUUCCUCCGAUUAUGGACCCUGCAGAACUUCAACGAGUGUUUCAUAUGUUCGACAGAAACGGAGAUGGCCGGAUCACCAAGAAAGAGCUAAGCGACUCAUUAGAGAACCUUGGAAUCUAUAUCCCCGACAAGGACUUGGCCCAAAUGAUUGAUAAGAUCGAUGUGAAUGGCGAUGGAUAUGUCGACAUCGAUGAAUUUGGUGUAUUGUAUCGGACGAUAAUGGACGAGAGAGAUGAGGAAGAGGACAUGAGGGAAGCGUUCAAUGUGUUCGACCAAAACGGAGACGGGUUUAUAACCGUUGAGGAGUUGCGGUCGGUGUUGUCUUCCUUGGGGCUCAAGCAAGGAAGGACGAUAGAGGAUUGCAAGAAGAUGAUAAAGAAGGUUGACGUUGAUGGGGAUGGCAUGGUCAACUUCAAGGAGUUUAAGCAGAUGAUGAAAGGUGGUGGAUUUGCUGCCCUUAGCACCUGAUCAAGUUUAGCACAAAUGUUUAAUAUGGUUUUUAUACAAAAUACGUCUUGUAUUCUCAGAAUAGGUGAUCAAUAUGGAGAGGAAAGAAAUUAAUUAAACGAGAGGAGCCUCGUGAUCAUGUGUAAGAUGACCUUCCUAGUUCUAGUAUGAUUUUUGAUCAAGAGGAUGGUGCAACGCAUAUCAUCUUUGUAUUUCUCUCGUCUAAAUACCUUUUCAUUAUCAGCUUGAUUUUUCUUACCAAUAGUAGUCACUUGUUCAUACGCUAGCUUUCUAGCUUUUUUCGCUAAUCAAAUAGAGUAUCAAUGAUAUCAUUAUGUCUCUAAACCGACGGUUAUUUGAGAAUCUACGGAGAUUAU